AUGGAAAUCACAAUCACAUCAAGAGAAACAAUCAAACCAUUCUUGCCCACACCAAACGAAAACAAAUUCUUUCAACUCUGUCUGUUUGAUCAGCUUCAACUUGUCACCUAUUUGCCAAUGGUUUUGUUUUACCCCAAGAAAGAACCCUUCUUGGAAACCUCUCAUAUCUGUGCUCAGUUGAAAAGAUCACUGUCUGAGACACUAACCAUUUUCUACCCUAUAGCAGGUAGAAGAAAAAACCACACCUUUAUCACUUGUAAUGAUGAGGGUGCUCUUUACUUGGAAGCCAAGGUAAACCAUAACAUGAUUGAGUUCCUCACACCACCUAAGCUAGAAUUUCUGAAUAAAUUGCUCCCAUGUGAGCCAAAUAAAAUGCACCCAAAUGGAGAAGUGUUACCCCAAGUACUAGUACAAGUGAACAUGUUCAAUUGUGGUGGAAUAGCUAUAGGUACCUGCAAUCUCCACACUCUCCUUGAUGGUUGCUCUGGAAGCCUCUUCCAAACUACGUGGGCUUCUAUCUGCCGUGGGUCUAGGGAGGAGACUCCAUCUCCUGAUUUCACCUCAGCUUCUUCUUUCUUUCCACCAAUAAAUCAUUUGAGUUUGCAUGACCAUGUUGGUCAAAAUAAUGAGGACUCAAAAGUACAAAAAAAUUGCACCACAAGAAGGUUUGUGUUUGAUGCACAAUCCAUCAACACUCUAAGAGCUGAUGCAAAAGAUAAUGAAAGCUCAAAUUCUCCUACAAGAUAUGAAGCACUGGCUGCUUUCAUUUGGAAACAUAUGACACUUGCAUACAAGAUGGAAUGUGGAGAUAGCACAAGACCAGCAGUGGCUAUCCAUAUAGUGGACAUGAGGAGGAGGAUGGGUGAGCCUUUCUCCAAAUACACCAUAGGAAACAUUUUGUGGCCAGUAAUGGUAUGUUGUGAAACAGUGAAUGUUGACACUGAUGCUAGAUAUUUGAUUAGUAUUGCUAGAGAGAAAUUUGGAAAGCUAUCAAGGGAAUUGUUUUUAAGAGUGAAAAGUGAUCCCAAUAUCUUAGGGAGCAAUCAGUGUGUGGAUUUGCCUCAAGGCAUGGAAACAAGGAGUCCAAUUCCAACUGUGUUAACAAGUUGGUGUGGUUUAAAUUUCAGUGAGCUAGAUUUUGGUUGGGGGAAGCCUUUGUGGGCUGGUGUUAGAGGAGGUGAUCAGGAAACUCUGCCCAAUGUGGCUGUUAUCAUGGAAACUGGUGAAGGCAUGGAAGCUUGGUUGACAAUGGAAAUUCAACAUAUAGCUAAAUUGGAGAAGAAUGAGGAGUUUCUCAGAUUGGCUUUGCCUAAUCCUAGUGUUUCACACAUAUAG